UCCCUGCGGUCUAGUCCGGGGACGCCCCUCGCGGGCCGGGCGGCCUGGGAUGAGCGCCGCGGCCGCUGGGCGCGUGGCUGAGCCCUGAGCGAGGAUGGUGCGCCGGGGGCUGCUCGCGUGGGUCUCCCGGGUGGCGGUCUUGCUUGUGCUUCUCUGCUGCGUCGUCUCCGUCCUCUACAUGCUGGCCUGCACGCCAAGGGGCGACGACGAGCAGCUGGGGCUGCCCAGGGCCAGCGGCCCCACGGGGAAGGACGGGUACCAGGCGGCCAUGCAGGAGUUGGAGGAGCGUCACCGCGACUACAUCAGCAGCCUCAAGAGGCAGAUCGCGCAGCUCCAGGGGGAGCUGCAGGAGAGGAGCGAGCAGCUCAGGACCGCGCAGCAUCUGGCGGGGGACCCCGCGGGCCCCCCCGGGAGGGCCCAGGCCGACCUGCUGGCCUUCCUGCGCUCCCAGGUGGACAGGGCGGAGGUGCACACCGGCGUCAAGCAGGCCACCGAGUAUGCUGCUGUGCCCUUUGACAGCUUCACCCUGCACAAAGUGUACCAGCUGGAGACGGGCCUGACCCGCCACCCCGAGGAGAAGCCCGUGCGCAAGGACAAGCGGGACGAGCUGGUGGAGGUCAUCCAGCUGGCCGUGGAGGCCCUGAACAGCCCGGCCGAGAGCAGCCCCGACCAGCGUCCUUACACGGCCUCGGACUUCAUCGAAGGGAUCUACCGCACAGAAAAGGACAAAGGCACUUUGUACGAGCUCGCGUUCAGAGGGGACCACAAGCACGAGUUCAGACGCCUUGUCUUGUUCCGGCCGUUUGGCCCCAUCAUGAAGGUGAAGAAGGAGGAGCUGAAUAUGGCCGGCACGCUGGUCAAUGUCAUCGUGCCACUGGCCAGGAGGGCGGACAAGUUCCGGCAGUUCAUGCAGAAUUUCAGGGAGAUGUGCAUCCAGCAGGAUGGGAGAGUUCAUCUCACCGUCGUUUACUUUGGAAAAGAAGAAAUGAAUGAGGUCAAAGGAAUACUUGAAAACACUUCCAAAGCCGCCAACUUCAGGAACUUCACCUUCAUCCAGCUGAAUGGGGAGUUCUCUCGGGGAAAAGGGCUGGACGUGGGCGCCCGCUCCUGGACGGGGCGCAACGUGCUGCUCUUCUUCUGCGACGUGGACAUCUACUUCACCUCCGAGCUCCUCAACACCUGCAGGCUGAACACGCAGCCAGGAAAGAAGGUGUUUUAUCCGGUCCUUUUCAGUCAGUACAAUCCUGGCAUAAUAUACGGCCAUCAUGACUCGAUCCCUCCCUUAGAGAAGCAGCUGGUCAUAAAGAAGGAAACUGGGUUCUGGAGAGACUUCGGGUUCGGGAUGACGUGCCAGUACCGGUCCGACUUCAUCAACAUAGGUGGGUUCGACCUGGACAUCAAAGGCUGGGGUGGCGAGGACGUGCACCUUUACCGCAAGUACCUGCACAGCAACCUCAUCGUGGUGCGGACGCCCGUGCGGGGCCUCUUCCACCUCUGGCACGAGAAGCGCUGCGUAGACGAGCUGACGCCCGAGCAGUACAAGAUGUGCAUGCAGUCCAAGGCCAUGAACGAGGCAUCCCACGGGCAGCUGGGGAUGCUGGUCUUCAGACACGAGAUAGAGGCCCACCUCCGCAAACAGAAACAGGAGACAAGGAGCCAGAAAACAUGAACUCCCAGAGGCCCAUGUGGGGAGAUGGUUUAUUUUUUUCCUUUUGCAAUUACCAAAUGAAUGGCUGCAACAAGGAAAAGAUUGCCCUGAAGGGCAAGAAAAGAAUUUGACUGAUGAAAAGAAUUUGAUUAGUAAAGCAGGCGAGGGGAGAGCCUCCUGUUUUCCUCUGCCUGUUUAGCUUCUGCAACCUGGCCUGCAAAAACAGCCCAAACUCACCCGUCCGGUGUCUGACAAAGGCGGCCUGAUCGUGAGAUUGUGAGCCUAAUGGUGUGUUUACAGCAAAGCAAGAGCUGUUUUCUAGGCUUACUGAAAUAUUCAUGAACGAAGACCAGUUUUGUAAAAGUUCAUUAGAAUGGAAGGCCAGCACAUCCCUCCCCAUCUGAGUGAUUAUCAGCGGGGCUGUAGUGUCUGGGAUGCUGAAAUGUCAGGAGGCCGGUGAGGAGAGACCCUGUGAAAUUCAAAGAUACACUCAUCGUGAUCUUUGUGAAUAUAUCAAGCAAAACCAAAUGGACUAAAAGCGAAAAAAACCCCAUAGCUAUUGUAUCAUCUCCGCCCAAGAUUAACCAGAAAUAACCUGCUCAUCCAUCUUUUUGGUUGUAGUUUUAACAAUCUCUGUUAAUUUUAUUUAAAAUGCACUUUUUUGGCUUAUGAGUUAUAUUCUGCUUAUUUAAUUACCAGUUCGCAAGCCUUACUAAGAGAGCAUAAGUUAGCUACAUUUUUGCAUUUUUUUGAGAAGAUACUUUUAGCUGCAUUAUGAGAACUUUCCGUUCAGAGCAUCGGAUUGUUACCCACAUCCGAGGACGUGGCAGGCACUGACCCUGCGGGCACUGGACGGCAGACGGUCAUCGUGGGGAAGGCGUGGCCUGGGGCUGCUGGCCGAACGAGACACACGGAUACUUCAUCUGAAGAGUAUUUCCAGAGAGGAGCAACUGAACACUGGAGGGAAAGGAAAAUGUACUUUUUACCUGAACAGAAAAGGAAACAUUCAGACUGGUGAUAGAAGUCAGAAAACACAUUUUCUCCUCAGGGGAACUGGGAACCACUUUCUUACCUGUUUAAAUAAACCAAAGCAGACUGUGCGAACCAAACAUUCUCCUUUCCAAGCAGGGUGCUGUUCCUGGCUUCUGGCUUCCACGAGAGGAAACGCAGGAAAAUGUCUUUUGUGAAAGGUCACUCCAUCCUCCGGCAUCCAGCGGGACGGAGGCUUGUGCUGUGUGUUCACCCACCCCAGCCAAGGGGCAGUAACUAAUUAUUUUUUAAAUUAAGCUGUUCUACCCAGUCAACCAAGAUGCUUCUGAAAAUUGCCUUUUAUUAUAGUUUCCAACUAUUAAAAAAAAAUAAACGCAGUUAACAUUGAGUGGUUUCUACAUUCAUGUGAAAAUUAUUUAUUAGCCAGCACCAGAUUCAUGAGCUAAUUAUCUCUCUAGGUCCUUGCCUUCUGUUUGCCCACAGUCGACUCAUUGUUUAAAAGC